AUGUUCAAAGCUCGAACAUCGUCCAGACGUCUCAUGGGCCCCGUCCAGGGCUUCGUCGACGAUGGGAUGCAGAAAUUUCUAGGCAUGCCAUAUGCUGCGCCUCCAGUUGGUUCACUUCGAUGGCAGCCACCUACGGAGCCGGAGCCGUGGGAUCGCCCGCUAGAAGCAAGAAGAUUCGGCUCUGUUUGCGCUCAGUCAACGACGUGCUUCCCAGGCUUUGGUUCGAAUGGCGGUAGCGAAGAUUGUUUGUAUCUCAACGUGUUCAGACCAGUGAAAGAUUAUCAUACUCAUAAAGGGAAACAUCCCGUCAUGGUUUGGAUACAUGGUGGCGGAUUUGCAUCUGGCGCGAGCAAUGACUAUAACCCUGCCAGCCUUGUCAAGGACGGAGAUGUCGUGUUUGUGUCUUUCAACUACCGAGUCGGUUGUUUCGGUUUCUUUUCGCACCCGGCCAUUAAUAGGGAGGGCCAUCUAGCCGGAAACUACGGCAUCAUGGAUCAGCAGCUAGCGAUGGUUUGGGUGAGAAGAAAUAUUUCUCAAUUUGGUGGUGAUGUGACCAACAUCACCUGUAUGGGUCAGUCGGCCGGCGGAGCCAGCCUCUUGGCUCAUAUGACAAUGCCGUCUUCGCGCGGCCUAUUUCACAAGGCUAUUAUUGAGAGCGGCGGUUCGCCUCCGGCCAUGACGUUCCCAACCAUUGAGAAGCUUGAGACCAUCGGAAUUGCUCUUGCUUCUGCCGCCGGAUGUACAGAACAAGGUCAGACGUCGGAGAAGCUCCGCCUGAUACCGACAGCGGACCUCAUGGCUGCUGAUGAGAUCGAGGAAGGAGUAUUUGGCAUCAGCAGAUUUCCUUUCGGCUUGAUGGAGGAUGGAAGUCUCGUCCCUAGAAACCUACGAGGUAGGUUUUCGAGGGGCGAUUUUCACCAUAUCCCCGUUCUCAUUGGGGUCAAUGCCGAUGAAUUUACUUGGUUCCAAGCUAUGAUUGAGCUCCGUUCAGGAAGGAUCGUGCCGGCCAAUAACUACUUCGAGACUGUCGCUACGACGAUUGACCUUCUUAACAAAUUACACCUAAACGGGAUCGUUAUCCCUGAGAGCGCCAUUCCCGAUAUUGUGUCGUUGUACCCUAUUCCAGCUGCCGUCAACAGCAACCCAAGCAGAGCCCUUGCAGCUGUUGUUGGAGAUGCAGGGCUCAUCUCUACCGCUGGAAGACGGACUGUGAGAUUGCUCGCAGCUUAUUGUCCAGAGGUCUAUACCUAUGAAUUCGAUGUCCCCGAUACUCCAUGUCCGUGGCCAGAGGUUUCUUUUCCAUACGGCUCGGCCCACACCCUAGAGCUCCCGUACAUUUUCCUCGGCUUUUCUGGUGGGGCGGGUGAAGCGAAAUCAUUGAGCGGUUGCCAACUCGCUCUCUCUAAGUUAAUGGUUUACUAUUGGACCUCAUUUGCUCGCCGGGGCACACCAAAUGGAGACGCGUCUCCACAAGUCCAACACACAGCACCCACUGCGCAGGACAAUAAGCCUCCGAAAUGGGAGAUAUACACCCCCCACGAUGACAAUGUCAUGCUCUUUCAAGCGGCUAAACCAAGUCGGAUGAUCAAAGGCUGGGGUAGACGGCAUAAUUCGGAUUUCUGGGAUACUUUUUACUGA